UUCAAUAAUAGGUUAUGAUUUUGUUAAUAUAUAAAAAGUAAAUUUUAAUUUAUUUGUUAAUGUCUUUUAAAACAUCUUAUAAUGUCACAAGGACAAUUAAAUAUAGUUCUUUGUAAAAGUUUUUCUAAUGAUAAUGAAACUAUUGAUAUUUAUAGAAAAAUUUUUGAAAAUGCUGGUUAUAAUUUUGAAUAUUUGCCAACAAUUUGUUUUUUAUUUAUCAAUCAAAGUGAAUUAGAAAAAUGUCUUUUUAAUUCAAAUUCUUAUUCAGGUAUGAUAUUAACAAGUCCUCGUUCAGUGGAAGCUGUUAAAUUAAUUUUAACAAAAAAUCCAAAUAUUUUAGAUAAAUGGAAAGAAUAUCCCAUCUAUUGUAUUGGAACAUCGACAGAAAAUUUAGUUAAAAAAUAUUUAAAUUUAUCAAAUUGUUAUGGUUCUCAUUGUGGUAAUUCAGAAAAUCUUGCUAAAUUUAUUAUCAAUGAUUUCAAAUUAAAAAAGAAAUCAUUACUUUAUCCUUGUAGUGAAAUAUCACGUGAUACUAUUGAAAAUUAUUUAUUAAAAAAUGAAUAUCAAAUUGAGAAAAUAAUUUCAUAUAAAACAAUGCCUUGUGAAACACUUCACAAUGAUAUUGAACGAAUAUUUAAAUUAAUACCCGAAAUAAUUGUAUUUUUUAGUCCUUCAAUUGUUAAUAAUUUAUUAUUAGCUUUAGGUGAAAGAGCAAAAAUUUUAAAUGAAAUAAAAAUUAUUGCCAUUGGUUCAAUUACUGAACAAUCAUUGAUAAAUUCUGGUUUUACAGUAAAUGGAGUUUCUGAAAAACCAGAACCUGAAUCAUUAUUAAAAAUAGUUGAGUCAAUAAGGCUUAAGUAAUCGGAGAAAAAAAAAAAUUAGGCGUCUAAUUAGAAAUUCUAUUUAUUUAAUUUUAAGAAAACUGGUAUCUUUAUAAUUAUAUCGUUGAUUAUAUUUAUAUGUAUAUACAAUUGCUUAUACAAUUUAAUAAUGUAAGUGAAAAAAAAAAUGUUUUAAUAUAAAAGAAAA